CUCCCACGUCAAAGCACGCGUGACUACCGCUCAUCAGACUUCAUGAAGCUCUAAUUCUUUCGUCGAUAGAUGAGAGGGAUAAUAGAUGGAUAUAAAUUGAUCGUCUCUAUUUAUUCAAACAUCAUUCGACAUCGCCUUUGCUCGAUCUCGGCUCCGGAACAGCCACAUCUUCAUUCCAUCCGAGCUUCCGUUCUAAAUGUAUCUCCCACCUCAACUGCUUUUCACCACCCUCCUUUUGGUCUCCCCAUCAAUAUCCAACACACAAUCCUGCCCCGGAGUUGGAUACCGCGACGUCUGCUGUCCUGGCCUGAUAAUCGGCACCCCAUCCAACGCCAACAUCCUCGAUGGCCUAACCUGCUGCGACGGCGAUCCUACCCACGCCAUUCAUAUUGGACUCAGCAGCUGCACGGCGGGAACUCCGGUUGCGAUGACGGCUCUGGCGAGUGUGAGUAGCGGUGGUAGUGCUGGGAUAACGAUGAUGAGUUCAAGUUUGGAGGGGAGUAUGACGACGCAAGGAAGAGGCCCGAGGACUUCAGUGGCGGGAUCGGGAAGUACGACGGUCUUGACAGGGUCGAGUAGCAGCACGAGUGGGACAGGUUUGAGUGCUUCGGUUGAAACGGUGGGCGGGUCGAGUACUAGUACAACUACUUCCUCGACGGCUGGAGGAGCGAUGAUUACCCAAGGACCUCUGCUACUUGUUGGAGGGGCUGCUGCGCUCUUUGCUUAUGGUGUUAUGUGAUCGAUGAACUGUCAGGUUGGUACACAGUAGGGGAGAUAGAUGGCGCCGAGGAAGAUUCUUUGCUUCUACCUGCAGAUUUGGAGAUUUCUCAGAAUGAUUUGGCGGUGCAUUACAGCGAGGAGUUGGCGUUUGUCAAGCAGUAUAUAUUCACACAGUCGGUCGAAAAGACAGCUUCUUUCCAGUAUCGCAUGUUUAUUCAGU